AUGUCGGAGGACGAGGUUGAAAGAUUUGAAAUUACUGAUUACGAUUUGGAAAAUGAAUUCGGUUUCAAAAGGACUAAGAUAAGUAAAAACGAAAGAAUUUAUGGUAUUUGGGCGGAAAAUGAAAGCAGCGGAGAUGAAGAAGCCAGCAGUAGGCGUCCCUCUUUUAGGGGGUCUAAGAAACCUAAAAAUUACACGGCUCCCAUCGGUUUUGUCGCGGGAGGAAUUCAACAGUCUGACAGAGAUGAUUCUGGUAUUAAAUCAUCGAAAAUGCGUAUAAAAAAUUCUUCAUCUGAUGAGAGUGAUAAUGAUGCUCCAAGGAUGAAUAAUGAAAUCGCUGGAAUGAGAAAGAAAAAAACAUUUGUGAAUAAAACAAUGCAAAAAGGAGUUGGCAAUUGGGAAAAGCAUACCAAAGGAAUUGGAGCAAAAUUAUUGCUUCAAAUGGGUUAUGAACCUGGUAAGGGUCUUGGUAAACAGCUACAAGGUAUUAAUGCUCCCAUUGAAGCAAAAUUAAGAAAAGGAAGAGGUGCAAUUGGUGCUUACGGUCCAGAAGCUACUCAAAAAAUUGCAGAACUUCAAACCAAUGAUAAAGAUAAAAAAGAAGUUACUCAAAAACUUUCAAGAUGGAGGAAAAAUGAUGAAACUGCUAACAAACAAGUUAAAUACAUAUUUAAAAGUAUAGACGAAGUAAUCGAGCAAGGAAACGAUAAGCCUUCUUUUACUGAUGCAGGAACAAUGUCAAAAGUUAAAGUCAUUGAUAUGACUGGUCCACAACAAAGAGUUUUAUCAGGAUACCAUGCAAUUUCGAGGCAGCAAAGACCUUCAGACGAAUGGGAAACUAGAAAGGAAAUGAAAUUUGCCAAUUUUGCAUUACCCGAGCUUCAACACAAUCUUAAUCUUUUAGUCGAUAUGUGUGAACAGGAUAUUAUACAGAAUGACAGGAAGUAUAAAUAUUCGAGUGAUAAAAUAGUCAUGCUACAACAUGAAACAGUUCAGUUGGAAAAAAUUUGUAGUAAUGAAGAAAUAGAAAUAAAUAAAUUGGAUAAAUUUAUAUCUAUAAUCGAAGAAAUGAUUAAUUCGAGUCAAAGCAACACAUUGUCUUUGGAUAGAGUUGUUUUUGUGCUCAAACAAUUGCAAGAAAACUAUUACGAAGAAUAUAAACUUUACGACGUUGCCGAACUUGCAACAACCAUUGCCACGCCGUUAAUUAAAAAUUAUUUGAAAAAUUGGCAACCGUUGGUGAAUCCGGAAGAACCCAUCGAGUUGAUUAAAGAAUGGAAAAACAUACUGGAAAGUGAUCACGGAAGCGUCAUGUCAAGUCUUUCGAAUCAAGAUCCAUUUGGAAAAUUAGUUUGGCACGCAUGGAUCCCGUCGAUAAGAUUUGCAAUCACUAAUUGGGAAUGUAGGAAACCGGAACCCGUUGUCAAACUCGUGGAUACGUGGAUAUCGAUACUACCACGUUGGAUUAUGGAUAACGUUUUAGAACAAUUAAUUUUAUCGAGGAUAACUUUAUUCGUUCACGAAUGGGAUCCAAUGACGGAUACGAUUCCGAUCCACGCGUGGAUUCAUCCGUGGUUGCCUCUCCUCAAUACUCGUUUGGAUUCUGUGAUAUAUCCAAUGAUUAGACAUAAACUAAGUUUGGCCUUGGCAGCAUGGCAUCCGAGCGACAGAUCGGCAAAAUACAUGCUAUUACCUUGGAAUAAUGUUUUUAGCAAAGGAGACAUGGAUUCGUUUUUAGUAAGAAAUAUUUUACCCAAAUUGGGUCAAAUAUUAAAUGAGUUUAUCAUAAAUCCACAACAUCAAGUUCUCGAUGAACAUUGGAAGUGGGUUAUGGAAUGGGAAGAACUAAUGCCCGUACACUCGAUGGCUGGACUAUUGGAAAAACAUUUUUUUCCAAAAUGGUUGCAAGUUUUAUCGAUGUGGUUAAAUCACACUCCGAAUUACGAUCAGGUGACAAGUUGGUACAUCGGUUGGAAAAGUCAAUUUUCAGAUGCUCUGUUGAAGCAACCUAACAUUAAGGAACAAUUUAAACAAGCGCUGGAAUUGAUGAACAGAUCCGUCGGUAACGGACAAAUUCCAGGAGCGAUGGAAUCAUUGUCUUAUUUGAAAAACGUCGAACGCGACACUUCGACAUCUUCUAAUCCCACGUCGUCGGCAAGGUUUCAGUCGUUGCAAGAUGCUGUUCGUACGGGUGGACAAGCGGCCGUUUCCGGUUACAAAGCACUUUUUGCAAAACGUUGCGAAGAAAAAAAUAUAAUUUUCGUACCCAUACCGAAUAAAAGUUACGAAGGGAAACAAGUGUACAGGUGCGGGAGCAUUCAAGUUUACAUAGAUCGAAACGUCGUUUUCGUUUCGCAAAAUGGUGGUGCCACGUGGAUUCCGCAAUCAUUGGGUACGGCAUUGGACAUGGCGGAAAAAUAA